CAAGAGGGGAAAACAACACACAACACAAAGACAUGACAGACACGAAACCAGGAUCAUGACACACUCGAACAUGGACACACAUUAGACCUUGUCCUCUCUCAAGGGGUUGUAGCCUUCAGUCAUGAUUGGAUCUCUGGAUCAGCGUUGGAGAGGACAGUAAGACCAGGAGACAACGUCACUUUCCACUGUGAUUGCAAGUUAUUAACUGGAAAAUACAUAUUGUGGUACAGGAACUGCUCUCAUGAGAACCAGCCUUCUCUCGUCCUUCAAAAUAAAUUGGAACAAACCACAAACAUGGAACGCAUACUGAAUCCUCUUCCUCGUUUCCACUUUGUGAGAAACCUUUCCUCUGACUCCUAUGACCUGCUGAUCAUCAACAUCACUGAGACCGAUGAAGGGCUCUACUACUGUGGAACUGAAAAGUUUGAGGUGCAGGAUGAAAAAAAAAUCACUCCAGGACAUCUUUACACAUAUGGCAACAUCUCAACUAGGAUUCGAUUAAUUUUAGAAACUAGUGAGCCUGAUCACCAGGAGACUCCACAAGACUGUGGUGUGUGCUGGAUGCUGCUGUUCUCUCUGUGUCCUGCUGUUGCUGUUCUGUCCUCUCUCCUCUCCUCUCUCCUGGUGUAUCACCUCUGUAUGAAAGAAGUUAAAGAACCUCACACUGAUCAGCAAACACCUCAAACAAGACUAAAUCAGGAUGAAGAUGUGUGUUAUGCUGCACUGGAAUAUCGUCAAGCAUCACAGAAACCAAAGAGGAAGGCAACCCAGAGUUCUGACUUCAGCACCUAUUCUGCCAUCAACACUUCUAGGAUGUAAAGACUUUAAACAAAAGGACAAAGAAUAAACUAUGACUGAUCUGUAAGAAAAUGUGCAUUAAAUACAGUUCAGUCAGACAA